CGCGGACCAUCAGACGCUCCAUAUUUAGCCGUAGCGAGUCUCGCGGAGACUGUCAAGAGAAACCCUGAGAGAGAGUUCAACUCUCAACUUAUUUAAUGUCACCACUGGCGUAAAACGAAAGGAAUAUACGCUUUUGGAAGGCCGCUAGCUUCGACCGUGGAAGCCAGUGAUGAUCGGGGACUUUAAGUUAAGAGAAGACGGCGUUUGACGGGAUUUUUUCUCCUCUCAGAUGGGAAUGUAGCUUAGCUGGUUAGCCUGGCCACUAGCAGUAGCAGGCUAGCGCUGUCGAAGAGAGGAGGCGACAUAAGUGGACUUUUACUCGCUAUAACGUCAUAACACCUCAACAAACCGCCUCAGUCUUUCCAAAGACGCGUUUCUGAAGGCGUCGCGGUUACAGAAACAGCGAUUCGGGACUGUAUUUGAGCAGGCUGAGGGGAACUUUUCGUUUUAGCAGUCUAGCUAGCUGGCCGUAACGUCAAUCUGUCAACCGAACCUGAAAUCCCGAACAGAUUUUUCGAGCCUGGUAACGUUACUGGGGCACCGAACCUCCCUCCUCUCUCUCGGCCUCCGUUGAUAUAACAUACGGGCUUCUGGCUCUGGGGAAGGUGGAUUAGGAGCUCGAAACGCGGGAGGAGACGCUCGCAUUGGGUUAACGGAACCGGUUCGGGGGGCCGUCGGGAUCCAAGAAGAGUUUCUGAAGUUCGUCUACUGCGAGCCGGGGACGGAACCGGACAGAGACCUCAUGAAUGGAAAUCGGAACUACAGGAGCCGUUGGGGCCCAGUCCCUGUUCUCCGUGCCACGGAGGCCCGGCUAUGGCACCAUGGGGAAACCCAUCAAGCUGCUGGCCAACUGCUUCCAGGUGGAGAUCCCCAAGAUGGACGUCUACCUGUAUGAGGUCGACAUCAAGCCUGAGAAGUGUCCACGCCGUGUGAACAGGGAGGUUGUGGACUCCAUGGUGCAGCACUUUAAAGUCACCAUCUUUGGGGAUCGAAGGCCAGUUUAUGAUGGGAAGAAAAGUCUCUACACCGCCAACCCACUACCUGUGGCGCCUGCUGGGGUGGAUCUGGAUGUUACACUGCCAGGGGAAGGAGGUAAAGACCGACCCUUUAAAGUCAGUAUUAAGUUUGUGUCCCUGGUGAGCUGGCACCUGUUGCACGAGGUACUCACUGGUCGCAGUAUGUCAGAGCCCUUGGAGCUGGACAAGCCAAUCAGCACCAACCCAGUUCACGCUGUGGAUGUGGUUCUACGCCAUCUACCCUCCAUGAAGUACACACCCGUGGGCCGCUCAUUCUUUUCUGCUCCGGAGGGCUACGACCAUCCUCUGGGUGGAGGCAGGGAGGUGUGGUUCGGCUUCCACCAGUCUGUUCGGCCAGCCAUGUGGAAGAUGAUGCUCAACAUCGACGUGUCAGCCACGGCUUUCUACAAAGCACAGCCAGUUAUUCAGUUCAUGUGUGAGGUACUGGACAUCCACAACAUUGAUGAGCAGCCUCGCCCCCUCACAGACUCCCACAGAGUCAAAUUCACCAAAGAAAUCAAAGGUCUGAAAGUGGAGGUGACCCACUGCGGAACCAUGCGGAGGAAGUACCGGGUCUGCAAUGUGACCCGCCGCCCCGCCAGCCACCAAACGUUCCCUUUGCAGUUGGAGAAUGGCCAAACUGUAGAACGAACAGUAGCUCAGUAUUUCAGAGAAAAGUACAACCUGCAGCUGAAAUACCCGCACCUGCCCUGUCUACAGGUGGGCCAGGAGCAGAAACACACCUACCUGCCCCUGGAGGUGUGCAACAUUGUAGCAGGGCAGCGGUGCAUCAAGAAACUGACAGAUAAUCAAACCUCCACGAUGAUCAAAGCCACAGCGAGAUCAGCACCAGACCGACAGGAGGAGAUCAGCAGACUGGUGCGCAGCGCUAACUACGAAGCAGACCCUUUUGUUCAGGAGUUUCAGUUCAAGGUGCGAGACGAGAUGGCCCAUGUGACGGGGCGCGUGUUGCCUGCGCCCAUGCUGCAGUACGGGGGCAGGGUGAGCACAGAGCACUUUAUGGUACCCUUCUUUUCAAUCACCCACAUCUCUCUGUGUCUGUCUGUCUGAAUGAAUGGAUAGCCU